UAUCAUUCCAGAUAUAUAUAUAUAUGGAGUUCACUGAUAGCAGCACGAGAAAAAAGACAAUGACGCUAACAUAACAGCAAAUGACAAACAAUACAAAGAGAACAAUUCGACAUAAAAUAAGGGCGUCAGAUAAAGAAAUCAUCGUAACAUACCCGUUGAUGGUAGACAAGAAAUGCCUAUAUCAGUAAGGGCUGAUUCUCACUGUUUUUCUUCUCAAGUAAACAUCCUGCAUAGCAAUUGUUGCUUUUGGAAAGAGAAUCACCUAAUUAAAACAACAAGGUCAACAAAUGACUUAAGCCUGACUUCAACUAGAAAACAUUUCUCGCAAAACGAUAAAUUUUGAGAUGAAAAUAUUCGUGAAAAUGAGUAUUUGUCUUCUACAGGUAAUAAUAAACAUGAAAAUCACGAACAAACUAAUACAAAAUGUCUGUAUCAAACACUACCUUGACAAAUGCUACUGUUUCAAAAUAACAUGUUAUGAUUGUUACUGUAACGACGACCAGAACAAAGAAGCUAGUACAAGGAACGGUUCACCAUACGUUGUUUAUUUGUGGAACGGGCUCUGAAAGAAGAAUUUCCGUCUUCUCUUGAGAGAGCUUAAUUUUUAUGACCGGCAAAAUGUUUUCAUUAGCAUGGUUUGUUUUGUAACUUGUCUAAGAAAUUUCUUAAUCAAAAUGGUCGGUUCCUGUAGAGUAUAUAGAGUCGUCAGAUGGUAUGAAAAUUCUUUUUACGUGCAUAUAACUCGAAAACUAAAUAAGAUAAAAAAGUCAACAAAUCAGACUUACUUAAAUCUGAUUAGCUAGAAAAUUUUUUCAGCAAAAAGUGCAAAUCAUUCGAACUCAAAUUUUCGUCUUGCUGAACAGUUUGCAAGUUUCAUUAAAUUUGCAAACUUCCUUCUUGGAAUAAGAUAGCGGCAAACCACCACUUUUAAAAGCACCUCCUCUCACUACAAAAAGCCACUGGCUGCAACAGCCCCUCUUUCCAUGUUUUUUUCUUUGAGUCAGGAAGAGGAAAGUGCACCCCUGCUUGGCGUAACUGUAAAAUGCAAACUUAGCCUAAUAACAUUUUUUCGAACAGCCGUAAAGUAUUUGACAAAAUGCGAGAAUUUACGAGAAAGAAGACUUCGUCAAGUCCGUCCUCCAAUGAUGAUUCCGAACUGCACCAGAGAUGGGGAUUUUCAACUCGAGCAAUGUAAUGUAUACAAAACGAAAUGUUGGUGCGUUGGAAUGAAUGGAAAGAAAAUUCGUGGGACUAAAGUUCGCAACAAACUUCCGGAGUGCUAUUUAGAUACCUGUGGAAAAAGAUUCAGGAAGGGGCCGUCACGUAUUCGUCGCAUCGUCGGCGGACGAGAGUCGAGCCCAGGUACAUGGCCAUGGCAGGCAAUGAUUCGCUCCAAACACCGAGGUCACAUAUGCGGUGCGACGUUAGUGCAAAAAAACUGGCUCGUCACGGCAGCUAGCUGCUUUGAUAACUACACAAAGUGCAUCAAUGAAUGGACGGUAAUACUGGGAGCACAUGAACUAAACUCCAGCAGCAACACCAAGAUAGGAGUUGAAGCAAUACACAUUCAUCCGAAGUAUCAACCAGGAAAAGAAACACAUCCUGGAGAUUACGAUAUCGAUCAUAUAAUGGUACCAUCAACGAUCGCUUUGUAUGUGCUGGAUUUAAAUAGGGUGGAAUUGAUGCUUGUCAUUUCGACACGGGAGGUUCGCUGACAUGUCCAAUGAAGGGCGGCGCUUGGGGAUUGGCUGGCAUAGUCAGUUGGCGUCGGUCAUGUGCACAGCCACACAAAUACGGCUUGUACACCAAUGUAAGAAAGGUACAACAAUGGAUUGAGAAAAUCCUCACGUAAUAAAUAAGGCCCUAAAGAAUCGCCACCAUCACCAUCCUGCUUUACGCCCCUGGUAAGGGCAUGGCAAGGAAAGAUUGACACGAGGAAAGAUUGACACGACCGCAAUUGGAAAAAUAUUAGCUCUCCUUUCGUUUUUCGAUAACGUAGUUGAGAAUAUAAUAAUGUAAAUGUUUUAAGAAUGAAACAUACUCCGAUGAAUAAAAGACAUCUUGGAAACUUAAUAUAUGAGUUAAAUGGAAAAAAAAUAACAAGAUUUAACUUUUCCAUUGGUCACUUUUUCGACCCUUUUUCAGAAUCAUAGUCUGGUCUUCACAACGAUAUCUGGAGAUGGUUUACAAGAUAUCUUUAUUCAAAGAAGUGUGUUUCAUCCUAUAUUUUUUGAAAUAUAAUAUAAAUAUUAUCUCAUUUAAUAUAAACGACAAGUCUUUUUAGAAUAGACAUGUUUCGACAUGGUAGAGUUCAUCUCAGUUGUUGACAUUUGAUAGUGGAAAGCAGAGAAACUUUGAAUAAACGCCGAGUGAAAGACAAUCUUUGAGAAACAUAACAUCUAGUUCUGACCUGGUAAAUAAGUGACGUAAGACAUUGUAAGGGUGCAGAAUCUAGGGCGGACAGGUAGUGAAAUUAUCAAAGGUUGUGUAGAAACUUGAAAUUUUCAGUUCAAAAACAUAAAGUUCAACCGUACUAGUGACUUGUUUGGCAAAAAAUGGAGGGAGGGAAAUGUUUAUUAGUAUAUAUUAUAAGUUAAUCUGCUGUUUGGGGGUGGUACCUCCAGCAACUACCACAUAGUAAAUCCGCCUAUGGUAGUUUUACAGCUAUUUAUCAUAGUGAAACACAUACAUAGGGACAUACUUAAUAAUUAAAUGUAAGAAUAGAGCAAUUUAGCAUCAAUGAUUAUAUGAAGAAUGUAGAAUGAUAACUACUACAUUUUGAAA